UGUAGAAAAAUUUCGAUCAAACUUAGCUAGUUUUGUCGCGCCCUCAUGUAUCGGGGCGAGCCUCCUGGUCAGUUGCCAGUCAACAGUCUCAACGAACGGUCCUUAUUUUGGGUCCUGACAAAGUUGUUCCCCCCUGUUCACCACCAGUUUGUGACGUCAAGUUCAGUUCAAGUUUCUUCAACCGUCCGGCGAAUAGUUUGCAGAAGGGGAGGGCAACCGAUACAAGUUUUAAUAUCGAAUCCUUAAUGGAGAGCUAUUUUUAGCGGACAUUUUUGUGUACGGCUUCCAUCAUUCAUCUCGCGGCAUUGGACGCGUCAGUAGUUACUGUUAACCGAUUAUCGGUCGAAGUGAAGUUUUCGUGUGAACGCCUUUUUGUUCUUGGACGGAUUUGCGUACGCAUUUUGCAAGGACUCAAGGAUGGUUUUGAAGAGAUUGCUGGGUGUAGGAUUAGUGCGACAAUUUGGAAGGAAGCACGCCCUGACGGAUGCGUUCCAGCAGCGACAGCAGCACGUGGCGAAGCGAUUUUAUUCGUGCAAGAAAAAAACCAACCCUAAAAUAUUGAUCACAGGCGGUCUCGGUCAACUCGGAACGGAGUGUGCGAAGUUGCUUCGUAGUAUCUACGGCGAGGAAAGCGUGAUCCUGUCCGACAUUAUCAAACCGAACGAAGAAAUAGUGAACAGUGGACCAUACAUAUUCGCAGACAUUUUAGAUUUCAAGGGCCUCCAAAAGAUCGUGGUAGAUCACCGCGUCGAUUGGAUCAUACACUUUUCCGCCCUGCUAAGUGCCAUUGGCGAGCAGAACGUUCCGCUUGCCGUGCGGGUCAACAUCGAGGGGCUGCACAAUGUGAUUGAACUUGCGAAACAGUACAAGCUGCGAAUUUUCGUACCAAGCACGAUCGGAGCAUUUGGGCCGGACAGCCCUCGCAACCCUACACCCAAUGUGACCAUCCAGCGACCGAGGACUAUUUAUGGCGUGUCGAAAGUGCACGGUGAACUUAUCGGAGAGUAUUACCACCACAAGUUUGGGCUCGAUUUCCGCUGUCUACGAUUCCCCGGUGUGAUAUCUAGCGAUCCACCAGGCGGUGGUACCACUGACUACGCCGUUGCCAUUUUCUUCGAAGCCCUCCGUUCGGGCAAGUAUGAAUGUUACCUAAAACCUGACACGCGGCUGCCCAUGAUGUACAUCGAGGACUGUUUGCGCUCUCUGCAUGAAUUUAUGACGGCUCCCGAGGAGAAAUUGAAGCGUCGUGUGUACAACGUAACGGCCAUGUCGUUCACCCCUGAAGAAUUGGCGCACGAGCUGGCCAGCCACAUUCCACAGCUUCACGUGAGCUACCGUCCGGACAGUCGUCAGCUGAUUGCCGAUUCGUGGCCGCAAGUAUUUGAUGAUUCCGAUGCUCGUCGCGACUGGGGAUGGCAACCUAAAUAUGACCUCAAAAAAUUGGUCCAACUGAUGGUCAAAGAUGUUCAGGAGAAUUAUAUCAACAAAGGUCGCACCGGUGAAAUGGAACAACCAUGGUCCUAACCCUAGUUCUUUUUUUCAUGCUCAUAAGAAAUGACCAUCUAAGUGUUCUCAAUUGUACGCAAGUAAAUUUAUUAUCGCAUGCAAUCUCAAAUAAAAACGAAUGAAAUAUUUCAU